GGUUUCGCCGCAGCGCUCAUUCAGCCGUGUUGUAUGACGGAGUUGCGUUAAGUGCUACGAAGACGGAGAAAAAUUUUACAUGAUGGGGAAGAAAUAUGGCGCUAAUAAGCACAGCGGCUGUAGGCAGUGUGUUUGGGUCAGAGGAUUCCAGUAAGCUGGGUUGGUUUCACUGGAAAGCCCUGGAGGUUCAGAUGGUGUUCUGCUCAGUAAGCCUCUUAAGACGCACGACCAUGACAGAUGUAGAGAAUGCCAAUCAGCUGCUCCCGCUGCGCAGAGAAACUUCAGUCUGCUUUACACCACUGACACACUUCACAGUAAACCCGCUUACCGACCUGCUGCUGCCAACUCAAGCGUCAACGGAGCUGCGUGAGGAAGAUGGAGCUGCGCGACUAAACCGAGCACUAUUUAGGACCAAAUCGAUAGAGAGAGGCAUGUUACCCCGCGACGUGGGGAACCAGAAGCCCUGCCGCGUUUCAGAGCCGUUUGACGGUGGAGACCGACCCACGGUCCCGCCGCGGCGCUUCAAGAACCGUGACUUCCCACAGAGCGCAAAGCGCCGCUGGUCCGGUUCCACUCCUGAGUGCAAAGUGAACUGCGUCCUGGUCGGAGACGGAGCCGUGGGCAAGACCAGCCUCAUCGUGAGCUACACCACCAACGGGUAUCCCACGGAGUACGUUCCCACGGCGUUUGACAACUUCACCGUGAUGGUUGUGGUUGAUGGGAAACCAGUCAGACUGCAGCUGUGCGACACUGCUGGACAGAAAUGGGGCCCAGUUGAUGGAUCAGUUAAUGAUGAGCUGGAGAGCCUCCGGCCGCUCUGCUACAGAAACGCCGACGUCUUCCUCCUCUGCUACAGCGUGGUGCGCCCCUGCUCCUUCCGAAACCUCACCAACAAAUGGGCCCCUGAGAUCCAGCAGCUCUGCCCCGGCGUCCCCCUGGUCCUGGUCGGCACCCAGCUGGACCUGAGAGAAGACGUGCAGGUUCUGAUCCACCUGGCGCAGAACCAGCAGCGGCCAGUGAGCACCGAGGAAGGCCGCAGGCUGGCGCUGGAGCUCGGGGCGGUGGGCUUCACAGAGUGCUCAGCGCUGACCCAGAAGAACCUGAAGGACACGUUUGAUGGCGCUAUCCUAGCUAGCUUCCAGCAGAUGGACAGUAACGUGGUCCAGCAGCAGAGGAUGACUCUGAGGAAGAAAACCCCCGAUAAGAUUAAGAGCCUGUCGGAGGCGUGGUGGAAGAAACUCAACUGUCUGAUUGCAGAGGGGAGCUGCGAAUUAAAAUGAGGAGCUGCAGUUGGACGUUGUUAGCUUUUAAUUUAGCCAGCAGGGCAGUGAAGGCAUCUCACUCUGCAAAAACACAAAUCUUAAAAAGUAUUUUUGAUCUGGUUUCUAUUGCAAAUAUCUCAGUACACUUGAAAUUAUACAAAACCAAGUUAAAAGUAACUUAUUCUAUGAACUUGUUUUAAGUAAAUAAUUCCUUAAA